GAACGGUGAUAGUCUGCAUAAAAUGUAAUUCUUAUUUAUGAUGAAUGCACUUGAUAUGCAAAUAUGAUGCAAAUUAGUUUCCGUAAACUACUAUAGCGAUAGUCUUUUCUAUUCACUGAAAUUUAUAGACAUAAAUGGACUUACUGUAGCGAAUGUCUACUUAUUUGUUAUAAAAUGGAAAUCUAACCAAAAGAAAUCCCGAACAGAGGAAGAUGACGACUGUCUUUACAAUAUGUGCUGCAACUUUUACGACAACCAUCUUGAUGACCUUACUUGUCCAAGCCAAAGACACCAGGUGCCACUCAGAUAUUGGAAAAGGAAAUGAUAACAUCAGACAUACCAAUAUAAUCAACUGUUAUUUCUGUUCCUCGUCGUCGACGUCCAGCGACCAUUUUUGUGGCGAUCCGUUUAACUUAUCACACCCGGCUUUAACAACGAUACCAUGUGAAGGUUACUGUGCUAAAUGGGUGAUUGAAAAAACCCCAGGCGAGUUAAGAUAUACAAGAACAUGUUCAAAGCACAUGCAGAUGAAAAUGCAUAUAAACUUAGUUUGUAUGAAAGAACGCGGAUCACACAAAGGGCACCUGUGUUUCUGUGGAGAACAUGGCUGUAACCUAGCAACGACUCCAAGCAUCUCUAUGACGACGUUAUGGAUACUGGCGCUAAUGGUAACGUCCUGACAGGAAGUGUGCGACGCAUGACAUAAUAUGGCGUUGUUUGAUCAGUGGAUGGAGAUUUUAAUGGUGGGUUAUAUCUCAAUGUAAAGGUGUGAUUUUGCGGGCAUGAGAAAGGCGCUUUUCAAAAUUUCAACAUCGAAUGAAGGUCAAUGUGGUUAUAAAAGUUUGUGGAAUGUUUGCUUAUCUUGGACGGAACUCGAACAAGAGGAAUGGGUUAAGAGUGGGAAUUGACGUUGAUGCUGAGCAGUUAUAAGCUUUUUAUUAUAUCUUUAAAUAUUUAUGGUUGCUUGAAUAUUUCGAUAAUAUUUUUCAAAUUUAUUAUGAAUUUUUGUCUUCAAAUUUGCCAUUUCUUCUAGUUACUAAAUCUGCUUUAACUACAUAUUGUACCGAGCACCAUUUGGAUGUUUUCCUUCCGCACUUAAAACAGUGUAAUGUUUUUUCUUUUGAGAGCUAGAAUGUUUUCAUUGAAUUCUUAUACUAUAAUCUUGCCAAAUUUCUUUUCGCAAUGACAUCUUGUCAUAAUAUGUGGAAUAGGUUAAUGGAGGUCAAGCGAAUCAAUUUUCAGAUAGUAAGUCGAGAAGAGUGAAAUAGCUUUAUAGCGAGAUUUAUUUGUCGCGAGCAUCCGCUUUCCAUGCACAGUAAUAUCAUCCACUAAUAGAUUUUGGAUAUAAAAAAUAUGGUGUUGAAAUGAUAUUCAUGUUUAAUCGUUAACUCUACUAUCCAUGUUUCAAUUAUAAGCAAAUUAUUUUCAGUCCAGCCAUGCGUUACGCAACGGUUUUAAACGUCACAAUGAAAAAUCGAUAUUUCAAAUUAAUGUUUAUUAAGAUCCGGGUUGGUAAUGUACAGUGCAUUAAAUCAUUAAUAAUCAAACAUGGUUAAAACAAAAUGUCUAACCUGGUGGCUAUUUUGAAGGUUGACGAUUGGGUUCUCACCAACACUAUACUUAUUAUAAUUGAAUUGUUGGCUUAUUAAACUUGUCCGGCAUUGGGCCUAUAACAAUGAUGAUUGCGGAGGAGUUGUAUUCCAUACGUGGGAUGUGUCUGAAAGCAACGAAACCUAAUAUAGAGUUGUUAUUCCGAUUCUAGAAUUUAUAUCUUUGUUCCUGGUUUAUUGUUGACCUUUAGACAGUUCCGGUCAUUUCAUUUUUGGAUGAAAAAGGACCCCAUGGUUACACAAGCAAUAAAAAAUACCUUCGUAAUACAAUAAAGAUUCUAAACAUGGCAAUAACUAAAUUCCUUUGAAUCGACGGGUGCAAUAAUAUUGUUUUUCAUCAGCGACUACAACCAUUUUUAUCGUCGAUUUCACGGUUACCUUCCUACAAAGAUUACUUCCCCUUUUUAGUACCGAGCAGAAAUUGGGAACGCUCGGCAAACGUCGGCAGACUCCGGUGCCCUACAUGUAACCUCGGCUGUAUAACAAAUUCCGCCAUUGAACUACUUUCAAGUUCCCAGAUUACAAAUGGCGGCGCCCAUGAAGGCGCCUGUGAAGAGUGUUUUCUCUCUCGAAAUUAUAUAUUGUUUGUUAUGUACUUUCAAGUUUAUCCGAUUUCAUUUAAUAAAAGGAAAGCUUUGCAAUGAAAAUUCCAUACACUCUUCGAACUUCUUUCUAAAAGCGGCAAGUUUUCCUGAUACCGGUAGCCGCAUCACAAUUGUAUUGGUGUAGCGACAUAUCCCUUACCGUCAUACAACCGAGGCUAGAUGUAGGGUACGGGAGUCUGCUGAGUGAAAUUAGGAACAUGGUUUAACGAAUACCAAAUCCACAUCCAUUUAUUUUGAUAAACUUAUUUCGGAAAGUAAUGGUCAUUGUUUAAUUAUGGCGAAUCCGAAUAUUUGUCACAUAUUAAUAUUAAUCCAGAUUCAUUGAGAAAUACGAUUCCAAUUCCUUAAUAUAAAAGGCGACCCACAGAUGUAAGAAGUUCGGUAUACUGUGCCGAGAACUACUUUUCAUUUCAUCUGUAGGUACUUAUUGUACACGGGUCCUAGAUAUAUUUGGGGCCAUGUUGAAUUAAAUAUUGAUAUAUUUACAAUUAUGCAAUUUCCGAUGUUUACAAUUCAUUGUAUUAUUUCUUAUAACUUGUGCUUCUAGGAAUAAAAACAUGA